CAUACAAGUUUUUGUGCCAAUUCACGCACUUCGAUUAAAUACUGGCGUGUAAAGUGUAGAUCCGAGGAUUUUUGAUAAAAGUAGAUUUAUUAAAAUUAUAUUAUAAUUCCAACAUGACUACCGGCCCUACUGCUACAGAUGGUGUAAGAGAAAAAGCUCUAUUUGACUAUCGCAAAAAAUUGUUAGAACAUAAAGAGGUGGAGUCACGUCUUAAAGAAAAGCGUGAAGAAAUCAAAGAGUUGACCAAACAAUAUGAUAAGUCGGAAAAUGACUUAAAAGCUCUACAAAGUGUGGGUCAAAUAGUAGGUGAAGUAUUAAAGCAAUUAACCGAGGAUAAAUUUAUUGUUAAAGCUACCAAUGGUCCACGAUAUGUUGUGGGUUGCCGUCGUCAAUUAGAUAAAACUAAGCUGAAAUCUGGCACUCGAGUAGCUUUGGAUAUGACCACUUUAACUAUUAUGCGUUAUUUGCCGCGGGAAGUCGAUCCCCUGGUGUAUAAUAUGUCGCACGAAGACCCAGGGGAUGUUAAAUAUUCAGCUAUUGGUGGUCUUUCAGAGCAAAUCCGAGAGCUGCGCGAAGUCAUUGAAUUGCCUUUAUUAAAUCCAGAAUUAUUCUUGCGCGUUGGUAUUACUCCACCUAAAGGUUGCUUACUGUAUGGUCCUCCUGGCACAGGCAAAACACUAUUAGCUCGUGCUGUAGCUUCACAAUUGGACGCUAAUUUUCUAAAAGUUGUUUCCUCUGCUAUAGUCGACAAAUAUAUCGGCGAAAGUGCCCGUUUGAUACGUGAAAUGUUUAAUUAUGCUCGCGAUCAUCAACCUUGCAUAAUUUUCAUGGACGAGAUUGAUGCUAUUGGUGGCAGACGUUUCUCGGAAGGUACCUCAGCUGAUCGUGAGAUUCAACGUACUCUAAUGGAAUUACUGAAUCAAAUGGAUGGCUUCGAUAGCUUAGGUCAAGUAAAAAUGAUUAUGGCUACCAAUCGUCCCGAUACAUUAGAUCCUGCUCUGUUACGACCUGGUCGUUUGGAUCGUAAAAUUGAAAUACCUUUACCUAAUGAACAAGCUCGUUUGGAAAUCAUAAAAAUCCAUGCAGCCAAAAUAGCCAAACAUGGUGAAAUCGAUUAUGAAGCUAUUGUUAAGCUUUCUGAUAACUUUAACGGCGCCGAUUUACGUAACGUAGGCACAGAAGCGGGUCUUUUCGCUAUACGAGCUGAACGUGAAUAUGUCAUACAAGAAGACUUUAUGAAAGCAGUACGUAAAGUGUCGGACAAUAAAAAGUUGGAAAGCAAAUUAGAUUACAAGCCAGUGUAAUUUCUCAUUUCCUUUUUUUUUAAAAAUUACAUUUUUGGAUUACUUAAAUAUAAAUAAAUACAUUUAUUAAAAAAAAA